CACGUGACAUUACGCUGAAGAGGAAGUUUUGGAUCUUGAACGUGUGUGUUUGUUUACAGGCGUGAGCUCUCUAGCUGAAUCUCUCCCGGAAUAUUUCUUAUGACUAAUUAUCCCCAUUUUUGUCUUGAUAACCAUCGAGAAAUUCUCAACCAGUUGUGUCUGCAUAUGUUGCACGUUUACCGACGUGUUCUAACGGGAGUAGCACCUGCUAACUAGAGGUGCUAAAAUUUAGCAUUACUAGCUUGCAGGUGUUAGGUCUCCUUGACCUUAGAUCCUCAAGAAGAUUGGGCAGCGUAAUUAAGACAUUUGCAGUAAACUGGUUUUGCACAACUACCGACGUUGGAGGAAGCUGCUGGGGGACGUUCAUCAAUCGUCUUGCUGGCAGCGAAGCUAACAUGAGGGUGAAACAAAACACGGUGACCUGUCAGAGCCUGUCUGUGCAAAGACAAGGGAGAUGAUGGUGAUAGAACGAACAAAGAGCCCAUGAAUUAUGGCACAGACCGAACUUUACUGGGAUCACCACAUCCCGCUGCCAAGGCUUGGUCCAGUCCAAGCCAAGGUCGCCGUCGCUGUGGUGGCGCUCCUGUGCUUCAUCAACAGUUAUGAUGGAGAAUUUGUAUUUGAUGACUCCGAAGCAAUCGUCAACAACAAGGACCUGAAGCCAACAACUCCCCUGAGCAACAUCUGGAGAAAUGAUUUCUGGGGAAGCAACCUGAGUAGCAACUCCAGUCACAAAUCCUACCGACCGCUUACUGUCCUUACAUUCAGGUUAAACUACCUCAUAGCAGGAGGCCUGCACCCUGUUGGCUUCCAUGUACUAAACAUCAUCCUCCAUGCUGUCAUAUCUGUCCUUAUGAUUGACAUGUUUGCUAUACUGAUUGGUGGACUGGACUAUGAUGAGAAGGGUUGGACAGUGAACCAUGCUCCAAAGACCUCUCUACUUGCUGCCAUCUUCUUUGCUGCACACCCAGUUCAUACAGAAAGUGUGGCAGGUGUCGUGGGUCGAGCGGACCUUUUAUGCGCUCUCUUCUUUCAACUGUCUUUUCUCACAUACUGCAAAGCUUUUAACAAAGGGAAGGACAGAGAUGCCAGGUUUUCAGUCCAAUGGGUUGUGGUUAGUCUUGUGUUGUGUGCUGCGGCAAUGCUUUGUAAAGAACAGGGCAUCACUGUCUUGGGUGUGAAUGCAGCCUUUGAUGUUCUACUGAUCUGUAACGUUAAUGUCUAUGAACUUGGCCACAGGCUUCUCUUCAGGAAGAAUUCUCCUGAUCUAAGCGAGAUUCUUCGGACAGGUUUGCUGAAACGAUUGGGUCUUAUGAGCCUUGGCGGCCUCUCGAUGCUCUAUGCACGCUGGAGGAUCAUGGGCACAGGACCGCCGGCAUUCACAGAAGUAGACAACCCGGCCUCUUUUGAAGAAUAUAUGUUUAUUAGAAUUGUGAACUAUAAUUACUACUACUGUCUUAAUGCCUGGCUGCUGCUGUGUCCCUGGUGGCUGUGUUUUGAUUGGUCCAUGGGCUGUGUGCCUCUCAUUAAGUCGGCCACUGAUUGGAGGGUGGUGUGGCUGCUGCUGCUCUGGUGUGUCCUGAUAGGCUUGAUAAGCCAAGCCUUAUGCUCGCCGGACAGCCAGAGGAGGAGGACGCUGACCUUUGGCCUGGUGCUGCUAGUCGUCCCAUUCCUGCCUGCAUGUAACAUUUUCUUUAGAGUUGGCUUUGUUGUUGCUGAGAGGGUGCUCUACCUGUCUUCAGCUGGAUACUGCUUACUCUUGGCCUACUCCCUCGGACACUGCUGCUACCGAUGGAUCAAAUACAAGAAACUGACAUGUGUCAUGCUGCUUGCUCUGUUAUGUAUGUAUGUAGUCCGCUGCGCCCUCCGCAGUCACCAGUGGCGGUCAGAACAAAGCCUCUUCUCCAAUGCCCUGUCUGUCUGUCCACUCAAUGCCAAAGUACAUUAUAAUGUUGGUAAAAACCUGGCUGAUAGAGGAAACACUACUGCUGCUGUUAAGUAUUACAGGGAGGCUGUCAGACUACAUCCGAACUACGUCCAUGCAAUGAACAACCUCGGAAACAUCCUGAAGGAGCAGAAUGAACUUAGUGAAGCAGAGCAGCUCUUGUCUAAAGCUGUUGCUGUUCAACCUGAUUUUGCUGCUGCAUGGAUGAACCUCGGCAUAGUUCAGAACAGCCUUAGGAAGUUUGAUGCAGCAGAGGAGAGCUACUGGAACGCCCUCCGCUACCGGAGAAAAUACCCAGACUGCUACUAUAACCUGGGUCGCCUGUAUGCUGACCAGAACAAACAUGUGGAUGCCCUGAAUGCCUGGAGGAAUGCAACUAUGCUUAAACCUGACCACAGUCUGGCUUGGAACAACAUGGUUAUUCUGCUGGACAAUACCGAUAACACAAACAAAAGGCACGCACUUGAUCAGAUGUUGGCAGGCUGCAUGUGUGAAGGGCACAGGCCGUGAGUCAGGAGAUGACUACCAUUGUUUUGCCCUCUGUUUCUCUUGUCUGCCUCUUCUUUCUCCAUUUCUGGCCAGACAUCAGACAGAUCUGUGACACAGAUCAAUAACUCAGUGGGCCUUGCGUUCAGCUGUAAUUAGGAGACUAAACCACUCCUCCAUGUGAGACGGUGGGAGGGGGGGGGAGCUUUAGAUAGUGUUUACCAAUAAAUCAGAGAGGGUCUUUGUGUCUUCGUGUUGCUUUUUUUUCUUUUUUUUUUGCCUUGCAUAAGAAUUCAUACCUUGUUUUUAUUUUUGUUUUUUAAAUUUGUCACGUUACAACAAUUUGCAUUGUUUUAUUGGGAUUUUAUGCUCUAGGCCAGCACAAAGUUGUGUAUAAUUGAAAAGUGGAAGGAAAAUGAUUCAUAAUUUUCAGACGUUUCUACAAAUAAAUUUGAAUUCAUCUUUCUAGACUCAAUACUUUGUAGAACCACCUUUUUCUGAUGAGGGCUUCAGAUAACAGCUCCAAGCAAUAUAUUGUCAUUCCAAUAGCGUAUCACAAAGGACUAUUUAGAAUGCUAUGAUUCUUGGCUAAUGUAUUACAAGUGUUAUUUUUUCAUAUUAUUAACCCAGUUAGAGUCUCAUAGCAACAGAUACUCACACAGAACCCAUAUGACCACCAAAAGGUAAUGCUAAAGGUCACAGAGUGGAAGAAGUAUAGAGGAGGAGGAGGGCAAAGAAGACAAGAUAUUGCAACUGAUUUUUUUUCAAUGUAGUAUUUUUUACAAAUAUUACCUCCAUCACAAGAUUUCUGGUUAUCAUGCAGCCUUAGCUGCAAGUCUUUUGGGGUAUAACUCGCAUUUUUAAAACAGAAAUAUUUGCCCUUUUUUGCACAAUUACUAAAGAUCAGUCAGAUUGGAUGCAGCACAUUUAUGAACACGAGUCUUGCCCCAAAUCUUCCACUGAAUUUGAGUCUGGAUUUGUUUUUCCCAUAGGGUUAUUUGUAAAAAUUAAUUAAGGUAUAAAAUCUUGUGACUUUUGUACCUUCCACUUCACAAACAUGCACUACUUUCUGUUGGUCCCUCACAUAAAAUUCAAACAAAUGCAAUAAAGCCUGCAGUUAUGUGACAAAAUGUGAAGGUUUGUAAGCAAGAUACUCCAUCUAAAAUUCUUUUUACAUUUGUAACUUUCUUCCUCUGUCCUUUUUGUUUCCUUAGCCUGGUGCUUGCAUUGUUUUUAAGAUCCUUGGUGUCUCU